UGUUUUUCUUGUUUCGACAGCCAUUUUGAAGUGGUUCUGGCCGGUGGUGUAGGAUAAUUUAUAAUUGUGUCUUAGUCUGCAAUUGUGUACAGGAAAACGACAGAAACACAUUGCAUAUAGUGGUUCAAUAUCAGGUAUAUUUUGAGAAUGUCUAUAGAAGAUAAGGCAGCGUUAAAGGAGCUGGACGCUUGGAUUGAACAACUCAAUGAGUGCAAACAGUUGACAGAAAACCAAGUAAAGACAUUGUGUGAUAAGGCCAAGGAGAUUCUUGCCAAGGAGUCCAAUGUCCAGGAGGUAAAAUGCCCUGUAACAGUGUGCGGCGAUGUGCACGGCCAGUUCCACGACCUCAUGGAGCUGUUCAGAAUUGGGGGCAAGUCACCAGAUACGAAUUACCUUUUCAUGGGGGACUAUGUGGACCGGGGCUACUAUUCCGUCGAGACAGUAUCCCUACUGGUUGCACUCAAGGUGCGGUACCGGGAGCGGAUCACGAUCUUGCGGGGCAACCACGAAAGUCGGCAGAUCACUCAAGUGUAUGGCUUCUACGAUGAGUGCUUGCGCAAGUACGGCAAUGCCAACGUGUGGAAGUACUUCACGGACCUGUUUGACUACCUGCCGUUGACAGCACUUGUGGAUGGCCAGAUCUUCUGCCUCCAUGGAGGCCUCUCCCCUUCCAUUGACACCUUGGACCACAUCCGGGCAUUGGACAGGCUGCAAGAGGUCCCCCAUGAGGGGCCCAUGUGUGACCUGCUGUGGUCGGAUCCGGAUGACCGCGGUGGCUGGGGGAUCUCCCCCCGAGGUGCUGGUUACACCUUCGGGCAGGACAUCUCUGAGACCUUCAACCACAGCAAUGGACUCACCCUAGUGGCCCGGGCACAUCAACUCGUCAUGGAGGGUUACAACUGGUGCCACGAUCGGAACGUGGUGACCAUCUUUAGUGCACCUAACUACUGCUACCGCUGUGGCAACCAGGCAGCCAUCAUGGAGCUGGAUGACCAACUCAAGUACUCGUUCCUCCAGUUCGACCCAGCACCUAGAAGAGGGGAGCCACAUGUGACCCGCCGCACACCUGACUACUUCCUUUAAGCCCUGUACCGCGCUGCUAGAUCUUUAACAAGUCUGUUUUGCUUGUAUGCCAACCUCUCCCACCCUUCUGCUGAUGCUAUCUCCCAUCUUUAAGCACUGUCCUGAUUUUAGUUGGGCAACACUGUCACUUCUGAUGAAUUACACACCUGCAACAGACUGAGCCAGCUUUUCUUGCUUUCUUAGUGGCUACUCUCCCUUGCGGCCAUUGAGAAAGGCUGAGCAAGCUGCAGAAAUGCUGGGUCUGUCAGCUUCCAUUAGGCAACCAGUGCAAAAAGGCCAGGGAGAUAGUUCCAUUCUCCCCUCUUCUUGAUGCACUUUUUUUUUUCUUGCUCUUUCAGUGUCCCACCAAUCAGUGCUUUUAACUAAAGCAGUGCUCUGCAUUUUUUAGUAUCUGUAAAGCUUAACAUUUGGAAAAUUUGCAUGCAGUUCGAAUGGAAUUCUUACCAAUCUUAUUUUUUUCUCCUGCUUUUGGGUGCAAGCACUGCAAUGUGUUUAAGGUGUGGAGAGCCUGAGGUGAUGGCAGCGCUUUGAAAGAAAAACAGUGCAUUGGGGUGAGGAGCUGCUGUUCAUGUAAUAGGUUUGGAGGAGAAGGCCAUGUCUUUUUUGUGGAAACAUAAUGGACUGUGUUUGAAUGCUGUAGAACAUUUCCUCUAUCGGCCCAACAAAUGGGGAUGGAUAUCUGUGCAAGAGGAAGUUUUUAUUGUUUGCAGCUGAACAUUUUUUACGUCAUUGGAACUGAUGCAACUAUUGUGGGCUUCAACACUACAUGCUUGCUCUAAUGACUGCUGGUGCAUAGCUUCUUGCAAUGUUCAUCGUAGCAGUGCUGUUACUGCAGCUAGUGUCCUGCAGGAAAGGCUUGCACCAUGAAAUUAGUGCUUUUUUUUAACAAGAAUUUAUGGUUUUGUCAUACGCAUAAAUAUUUCGCGAAUUUUGUCAUUUCUGAGCACCCGAGCCGAGACAGAAUUUGUCAACUUUUCUAAACUUGCAUUUGCCCCACAAAAGCCAACAUUCGACAAGUUAAGCGGGAUAUAGAAGGCAAUAAAAUAGGUGUGUAAUCCCGUUCAUCUGCUCGGACCUGCACAAUGUGUUGCUCAGUUCACAGAAAUGAAAAAAAAAAUAUAUAUAUAUAUGUUCUAUUGAAUGUUUUCUGUUUGUUUUGUGACAUGGUAACAGUUGUACGUGGCGCCACGUUGGCAUUUCUGUAGGAUGCUGCACUUUUUUUUUUUACCCCCCAUUGAUUGAGGCCAGAGAUGCCCAUUGUGUGACAUGUUUUCGGAGAAUGAGUUUUUAAAACAGAAUACCUUAAGCGGAAUUUUCACGGAACGUGGUCGCCUAUGCAAUAGGCCGAUUUCACCGCUCGAACAGGGCAUGCGCCGCUGGCGCCGCCACCCGCCACGACUCUGAUCGUGCACAUGCCGCGCUAGUUUCCGCCGCCUUGCCGAUUUUCGAUAUGGCCGUGCUGCGGUAGCUAUCGGCGUCUCUUACGCACACCGUGUGACCCAUUAUUCGAGGUUGGUUAUUUUGACGUACAAACAUAGACGAAAGAAAACAAGGGAAGCAGGUAAUCCUUCCCAAUUUCGUCUAGAUAUGCCAAAUACUGCAGGCAGCCCUGUCUGCAGCGGUGGCGUGGUUGAACUCGAGGUGUGAAGUCGGUCUAUUGUAAACAUGGUGUGUAGUUUUGUGACAUGGUCACCUUCUCUGUUGUGGAAAUGAAGGUGGUGUAGUUUGUCCGUGCAGGUACUUGUUAGUGAUCCCGCUCCCUGUUUUUUUUUUUUUUUUUUUUUUUCCCUCGUGCUUCUGGAAGAGUACGUUAUGGAGCAUUAUAAUAAACGAAAUAAAAUGAUCCCUCAUCUGA